CCUUAUGUAAAACACCAGCCAAGCAGGAAGAACAGAAGGAAAUGCAUUACCUGCCCGUCUGCAGAGAUGUCGGACUUUCAGCAAUUCAACUCACUUAAUAUUAAUUUUUUACAAGAGCCAAUUCUUCAGAAAGUGAGUGAAAUAUUAGACCAGACAAGUAACAGAGGAUGGAGAAGACUGGCUGAGCUUGUGGCAAACGACAGACGGUUUAAAUUAAGUUCCACGGAGCUGCACCAAUGUUCUCUCAAAGUGUUGGAUUCGGAAGGAAGCCCCAGCCGCAGUUUACUGAGAUUAAUGGGGGAUCGAGGCUGUACCACAAAAGAGCUGACAGAGUUUUUACAAACUCUAGGCCAAUUAGAUGCUGCUCAGUUUAUUAGACCCCAAGGUAUAAAAGUGGUUGUUCAUCCUGAAUCAAUAGCAGUUUUAUCCGGACAACUAGUGAAGCUGGGCUGUGUAGCAUCUGGACAUCCCCUUGUUAAUUACCAAUGGUUCAAAAUGAAUAAAGAGGUUCCACAGGGAAAUUCUUCAGAGCUGGUUUUUCACCCUGUUCACGUAACUGAUGCUGGAUUUUAUAUCUGUCGAGUAAACAAUGGGCACUCAUUUGCCUUUAGCCAGUGGGUUCAGUUGGAUGUUUGUGAAAGCAAAAUGACUUGUCAUGGGUUACCUGAAAAUAAACUGCAAAUCUGUAUUCACCCUCAGUCACAAAAGUUGUUGAUAGGAGACAGGCUUAUGUUGGAGUGUACAGCAAUUGGAAAACCUAUUCCACGAUACCAAUGGUACCGGAAUGAUGUGGCACUCAGAGAUGCAACAAAGAAACAGUAUAUGAUAUCCUGUGUCACUGAGGAGCAUGAGGGCAUAUACUAUUGUCAGGUGACUAAUAAGAACCAAUCAGAAGACAGUAUGAAGGUUGAAGUUAUAGUUGCAGGCUCCACAAAGAUAUCGACAAAUAUCGCAGCACCAGUGGAAUGCACAGAAGAAGAGUUAAGUGGCUUUACAGUUACUGAGCAAGUCAAUCAACACUUUUAUGCCACAGAUAAGGUUGCUCUGCUUAUUGGAAACAUGUCAUACAAAAAUCACACUCCACUCAAAGCUCCCAUGGUUGAUGUAUACGAACUAACAAAUUUACUGAGACAACUUAACUUUAAGGUUGUGUCUCUUCUUGAUCUCACCGAGCUGGAGAUGAGGAACGCAGUGAAUGAAUUCUUACUCCUUCUUGAUAAAGGGGUAUACGGGUUGUUUUAUUAUGCAGGCCAUGGAUAUGAAAAUUAUGGGAACAGUUUUAUGGUACCUAUAGAUGCUCCCAAGCCCUACAGUUCUUCAAAUUGUUUGUGUGUUCAGAGCAUCCUAAAAUUAAUGCAGGAAAAGGAAACGGGUCUCAACGUUUUUCUGUUGGACAUGUGUAGAAAACGGAAUCAAUAUGAUGACACCAUCGUAAUUCCAGAGAGCCUCAAGGUCACUGCAAACAUUGUUUUUGGAUACGCCACUUGCCAAGGAGCAGAAGCUUUUGAAAUUCAGCACUCGGAUUUAGCAAAUGGGAUAUUUAUGAAAUUCUUAAAGAAGCGUUUGCUAGAAGAGAAGAAGAUUACUGUUCUUUUAGACCAUGUUGCUGAAGACAUGGGAAGGUGUCAGCUCACCAAAGGAAUGCAAGCUUUGGAAAUCCGCAGCAGCUUGUCUGAGAAAAGAGCCUUGACGGAUCCAAUACAGCAAACAGCAUGUUCCCCAGAAUCCUUAGUGCGAAACCUGCAAUGGGCUAAGGCACAUGAACUUCCAGAAAGUAUGUGCAUCGAAUUUGAAUGCGGAGUUAAAAUUCAACUUGGAUUUGCUGCUGAAUAUUCUAAUGUCAUGAUAAUCUACACCACAAUAAUAGAGAGACCGUCAAAUAUAAUUCAGUGUUGUGCAAAUGUUACCGACUUCCCUGUAGGUUUAUAUGUGGAUCCGAAAGAAGCAAAUAAAAGAACUCCUGAAGAGACGGGCAGCUUUUUGGUAUCAAAAGACUUUCCUAACCAAUGUCUGUACACCCGUCUGAGUUCAUUGCAAACACUAAAGGAGAACCUGACGUUCUCAGUAUGUUUAAGUUACAUGUAUGAAAGCAUUGAAGAAACGAUGGAUGAGAAGAAAAGAGUCGACAUAGGAAAGCCUCUUAUAGCAAAGUUAGACAUCAAUUCUGGGUUUAAGAGAAACUUCUGUGUUCAGACUUGUCAUAUACCUCAUAGCCCUGAACAGGAACCCGCCCCUAGAGGACCAUUUCAUGUUUGUACAAGCCAGGCAUUGUCACCGUCACGCCUUGACAUCUAUAAUCCCAGUGUUACAAGUGUCAGACAAAGCUACCAGCAGGAUAUCUACUCAAGUCAUGACACAAAAUUCUUUUCACAGCCCAAAUCAACACGUAACAUCCCUGAGGAAAUUACUGAUGACAAUGAUGAAUUUAAUUACACAUUGUAUGCAAGUGCUAGCGGGUUUAAAACCUAUUAAUCUAUAAACAGGUAAAUAGAUAUCCUAUGAAAACUUCAGUUCCUAACAUUGUAAAUGUAUUAAAGUGGCACAGACGGAGCAGUUUAGCAGAAUUGUUAAAAUUACAUUAAACACCUCUUGCUUUUGUGUAAAA